CUGGAGUAUAAUAAUAGGCAUGAUGAAUGUAUAAUAAUUUGUUGCCUACUGCGUAAGUAUUACACAUAGGUAGGCCUUUAGAACGCUCCCGAAUAAAUUGAAUUGAAAUUCCAUUAAAAAUUUAGGUAGUUACUUCUUUGUUCUUUAUGAAAGCGUAUUAUAUUAUUCAAAUGAUUUUUUAUCUACAAUAGAUCAAUUUACUGAUAGUGGUGACGGGAAGCGGAAAAAAAUAUGAACUGUCAAAUGAGGCAUUUUAGGCCACACAAAGGUUAGCUGAAUGUUUUCAUUAUGUGGACCAAAUCGCGACUUAUACUUUUAAUAUUUGCCGGAAUUGCUUAUUCCCUGAUAAUAAUACCAGAGCGGGCUGUGGUGACGUAUGUCAACACUAAACACUUGGCUUGGGCGAAUUCCUCCGUGAAAAAAUACGACCGUAAGAGUCCAUAUUACCUGAACAUUGAAGGAGAAAAUGUGGUUGUGCUUGACGAAACGUUUCUGUUUAACGCAGUGGUGUAUCAGUAUGUCAGCAACGAAUAUCGUCGUACCUUCGUCGAGUUUCACAUGUCCUUUUGCAAGUUUCUAAAGGACCCAUAUUUCGGUGGAAUAUUCUUGAAGUAUGGAUUGAAAUGUCCUAUUAUUCCGGGUAUUUACCAUUUCAUGAAUAUGACAUUUCCUACGGAGAAUUUUCCCCAAGUGUGGCCUUUUGAAAAGUGCUUGUUUAAUAUGACGAUGACGAUCAACGGGACUUUAACCGCAACUAUGUACAUAUCUGCAAAAUUUAUAUCGAAACCUGCAAGAAGAACAUGAAAAUGUUUAAUAUAGUCAGUAA